AUGGCACUGAAAGGCUUCGGCGUUUUGGUACUGUCGCUCAUUGGGUUGGCGAAAGCUGGGCUCUCGUUGAAUAUCCCCUCUGGGGGUCGGCAUAUUGUGUCACAACAGCGGCUCUCAAAUCCGAUCAUAUCGCCCACGCUCUUCUCCGAGCUCGAGCGCCUAUCAAGGGUCGUUGAUAUAAGCUACUGCAUUGGAAAUUCUGGUCUCGGCGAGCCGUUCAACUGCAUUUCUCGAUGUGAUGAGUUCCCUACCUUCUCUCUUGUCACAGCAUGGAAUACCGGUGUUCUCAUGAGCGACAGUUGCGGCUAUAUCGCUGUUGAUCACGGUGCCGAGCGUCCUGCGGAGGGAAGUGAUGACAUUCCAGAUGCCAAUCAUACCAUUAUGGUCGCUUUCCGUGGAACCUACAGUAUCACCAACACGGUUGUCGACCUGAGUACGGUGCCGCAGGAAUACGUUCCCUACCCAUCCCCCGAGAAUGGCACUGACAAGCCUCACCCUGUCUGUACGAACUGUACGGUUCACAUGGGUUUUAUGAGUUCGUGGGAGACUACGAGGACGGUGGUUGUACCUCAACUUAUUGGACUACGGGAGAAAUACCCAAACUCGCCCAUUCAUCUCGUCGGGCAUAGCCUCGGCGGGGCUUUGGCUUGUCUUGCGGCGCUCGAGCUGAAGCUGGCGUUUGGAUGGGACAACCUGGUCGUCACUACGUUUGGAGAACCUCGGGUUGGCAACGGCCAGUUUGCGAAGUUCAUCGACUCCGUAUUCGACUUGGAGGGAGAUGCCCAACCGGACCAUCGGCCGUAUCGACGAGUCACUCACGCGAACGAUCCUGUCCCACUUCUCCCACUGACAGAAUGGGGCUACAGCUCCCAUGCUGGGGAGAUAUUCAUAUCUAAAGCGAGCCUCUCACCCGCAGAAAGAGAUGUGCGCCACUGUCAUGGGGACGAUGACCCCAAUUGUAUUGCAGACAGCGACCCUUAUUCACGAUAUAAGCUAUGGGAACUGUUUUUCGCCCAUCGAGAUUAUUUUUGGAGACUUGGCCUGUGUAUACCAGGAGGUGAUCCUACAAACUGGGGCCGUGGCCCGAUAGGGACCUCCGAGGUGGUGGAGGAUGAGCUAUAA